AUGCAAAGAGACAAAAAGGUGUUUGGUGCGCUCUGUCCCAACCACAUGGGCCAACAAGGGAGGAGAGCUACACGGAGCAAAAAGGAUAAACUGGUGCCAAGAAGUAGCAGUCCAGUCAGUUUGUACGUUGAGCUCCCCUACAUCAUUGAACAAGCUUUUUCAACAAUUGCAUGGGAUGAUUUGGAAGACUGCGCGUCUGUGGUGAGAAGAGAGAGUGAGUCCCUCGGCUCCCAGGUGAACGAAUCUGAUCCAGAUGACCAAGACUUUGGAGAUUAUGCGCUGGAUUUUAUGGCAGAUUCUCCUGCCACUCUGGAGAGCAGCCUGUCUCCAGCUGAACUGGUACCAUUUCAGGGAUGUGUCAUUCCCCCCCUCACCCCUCAAAGGUACCUCUCCUCUGAGGACAGUCUGCAUCACUCCUGCACAGAGGCAGGCAGCACAUCUGCCCAAGAAGAAACUCCAUGGGAGGGCAUUGCCCAGAGCCAAGGCAGGGCGUUACGAGACUCCGUGGAAGUCAACAAUCAGCUCCAUGUGACUCUACACCGGAAACAGGAAGAGAUUGAGUCCCUUCAGGAGAGAAACCUUCACCUCAGACAGCUGGCCAGCCGAGCAAAGCACCUGGCCUCAGUGCUUGAAAAACUGAUGACAGUCAGAGACCCAAAUGUGAUAGAACCAGUGAUGCCUUCUGGUGACAAAAUGUCAAUGAGUCCCUGUAAGCGGCAGCGACUGGAUGAAGGAUAUGACACUGAGUCAUCUGACUCGGUGGAGGACAUGCUGAGGGACGUCAGCACACGCUGCAACGCCGUCCUGCAUAGCGCCGCACCUGGAACGAGACUACAGCAGGAGUCAGAGACGGUACGCAUGUACGGUGCUUUCUCAGGCCUACAGACUUCUAUAUCAAAGGUCAGCAGCGUGACAGCAGAUGGAGCAGAGCCUGAAGAGAGCGUUUCAUCUUUCAGGACUUCUAUCAGAGAACACUGCACCAUACGGACUCAGGUGUUCCCUCACGGACGGGCCUUCACCUCGAGGAGUCAGCAGGGAGGAUACCGCUUCCGCUGGGUGCCCAACCACAGCUGA